UGUAUAACGUUGUUGUUAUAGAUUCACAUGAUGUGUUACGGUAUCGGCUAAGUUUUGAAAAUAAAUCAUGGACAAAGUUGAGUCAAAGGAAACCAAAGCAUGGAGAGGAUCGUUGUUGUUAAACUUUGGGGACGGUGUCGGUGUCAGUUUGGAUGAGUUAGGGAGGGAAUAUGAUGAAAUGAUUACUACGUUUGAAGAACAGAAACAACGACUGCGACAAUUUAUCCCGAACGGGGCAACACUAUCCGAGGACCAAGUCACCCUCACCCCCCCAAGAAGCCACAGCCCCACCCUUAGUGCGUCUAGUACUUCCUCCAAGAAGAUGAAGAGAGGAAUCUCGGCAUCGGGGCUCAACACGCUAAGGAGCGCACAAGCAAGUCUGAAGAAGAAGUUUUCACGCUCCCAUCUUCAAAAAUCCCCCCUCGUUGAAAGGAAAGCAACAGGUUCUAAAGACGGUAGAUUUGAUUCGGACACCGGGAGUUUGGACAGCGAGGUUUUUAUGUCAAGCAAAGGAUCAAGGAAAGCAAGCGAAGAUUCCAAUCAUAAUAACUCAACACACCAGAAGGAUGAAAAUAUAAAGACAUUGGAUGUAAAUGACACCAAACCUCCGGUGUCUCCAACGAGGGAGAGGUGCGCUACAGUCAACACUUCACAUAAAGUGAUAUUGACACCACCUGUGUUGGUGGAUGGUGAAGUAAGGAAGGACUUCCAAUAUCUUUCCCCCUCCCAUACAUCAAGGUUUAACACAAUGGACACUUCAGAUAGAAGGAAUAAGAAGGUUUUUCGGUCGGGUAGUUUCGCUCGUUUGAUCGGAAAGUCAGAUUGCGUGGGUGGUAAGAAACAACGAAGGGUGGAGGAUGAUUCUCCGCUUAAAGCUUUGUAUAAAGCUACUGUGCAACAUUCAGAUGAGAAUAUUAACAAUAAUAACUACAGAACUGCAAACAUUGUAUUAUCGCCUGGUUGAUGUCGACACUUAUCUUCCAUAAACACCCAGCAUAUGAAGACGAGAUUUGAUUUAAGAACUGAAACUUUUGGGAAAAAAUUGGCGUCAUUUUGUAUUCAGUAUUGUGUUGUUGUAAUUGGCCAACUGUGGUCUAAACCUGAGGUCCCAUGGCAUGCCUCGCUGUAGGACCUCACCCAGUUAAACUACAAGUAUUUAAAAGCAAGAUUUUCCACCUCUUUAAUUACUUUAUCUUCCCAAAAGUUUCUUAUAUUAAGUUUGUAUUAUAUUUUACUACCAAAGGUAUAUAUGUUGUCCUGUCUGCUUAUGUACACGGUACUUUAAAGAUGUUUUAAUGAAAUAUGAACAACAACAAGUAUUUCUAGUGAAUAAUAUCCAAUGCUUACAACAGUCCAUAUAACUUAAUAUUGCUUUCAUAAACGCCUUGCUUUAUAAUUAAAACAAUCCUAAAUAUCGAAAGUUAAUAUUAUUCCUUUAUUGAAUCCAAGGUUCCUAAACUUUACACCACAGAAAUUUAUUUGAAAAUUAUUUUUUUAUUAAAUUUUAUAUACUGUAACAUCUCAUGAAUUUUCACUCCCUAAUUUGCAUUAAACUGCAAUAUAAAAUGAAAAACAAAUGAAAUAAAUCGUUGACUUAAUUAUUUUAAAACUGAAUAUUAUGGUUUAUGUAUAUUAUUUUUUGCAUUUAAAAAUGCACCAUAUACACUAAACUAAUUUGGGACCAACUUAUGGGAUUACAGCAUAAAGUGACUGCAUUGUUUAAACUGAAUAUUUUUCAACACUUUUAUUGUUUUCGAAUAAAUUUGAAAUUCUCUUGA